CAUCAUGACGAAUCGAGGAAGAUAAGUUGGGGGAUUAGAGUGUUCCGAUUUCCAAAAACUAGGGUUUUAGACAUAUUUUGGGGAAUUCGAGCACCGAAGUGAGAGAAGAGGAAGAUGACGACUAGAAUAGCUCCAGGGGUCGGGGCAAACUUGCUAGGUCAACACUCGGCGGAGAGGAACCAAGACGCCACUGCGUACGUUGGCAAUCUCGACCCGCAGGCAACUGAAGAGCUAUUAUGGGAAUUAUUUGUCCAAGCUGGCCCAGUUGUUAACGUAUAUGUUCCUAAAGAUAGAGUCACUAACCUCCACCAAGGCUAUGGCUUUGUGGAGUUCCGCAGUGAAGAAGAUGCUGACUAUGCAAUAAAAGUUCUCAACAUGAUCAAGCUGUAUGGGAAACCCAUAAGAGUGAAUAAGGCAUCGCAAGAUAAGAAGAGCUUGGAUGUAGGAGCAAACCUUUUUGUUGGAAAUCUGGACCCUGAUGUGGAUGAAAAACUUCUUUAUGAUACUUUCAGUGCUUUUGGAGUCAUUGUUACAAAUCCCAAGAUCAUGAGAGAUCCCGAGACAGGGAAUUCCCGUGGAUUUGGAUUCAUUAGCUAUGAUUCUUUUGAGGCUUCAGAUGCAGCUAUAGAGUCAAUGAACGGACAAUAUCUAUGCAAUCGCCAGAUAACAGUGUCUUAUGCUUACAAGAAAGACACCAAGGGAGAGCGUCAUGGUACCCCGGCAGAGAGGACUUUGGCAAGCAGUAAUCCGAGCACCCAAAAAAGUAGGCCUCACACGAUGUUUGCAAGUGGACCUCCGACACUUCCCAAGGUUGGUCAACCGAAUGGUGCACCAGUGCCGCCACGGCCGUUUGCAAACGGAGUGGUUCCUCCGGUUCCAACUAUUCCGGCAAUCCGUCCACCUCCACCACCUGCACACGUCUACCAACCCAUGCAAAUGUCCGUACCACCACCACAAUGGCAGCAGAUGGGCCAGCCGCAGGGCAUGCCGCCACAGCACCUUCAGCAGUUCAGGCCGCCACCACCUAGCAUGCCGCCACCACCUUCAAACAUGCCUCAGAUGAUGAAUAGGCCGCCGCCACCGCCAGCAGGUAUGGCUGGUCAGCAUGUGUGGCGAGCACCACCUCCUCCUCAACAGUUGACUGGCGGUCAUGGUCACCCUUCUAUGAUGCAGAUGUCAAUGCCGCCACCGCCACCACCCAAUGCUCCACCGCCACCUCCUCCAUUAGGUUGAAGCAUGUAGAUCCGGUGGAGUAAAUUGCGACAUUUGUAGAAGGAAAACGAGUACGAGAAUAGUGCACGUCUCAAAUCAGACAAGAUCAUGGUCGAGGAUUCCGUUUUUUUGUUUGGUAUCUACGCUAACGUUGUAUUUGUUCGAUAUUUUUCCGUUGAAAGGUGUUAAAAAAGUUCAUCUAUUUUAUAGUGAAUUAGUAUUACCAUCGUAACAUGUGUAGUUUUGUUUCAAAAUAAC